AUGAUUCAGAAGAAACGUUUGAAUAAUUUGGAAAAGUUUGCAGAUGAAGAAAAUUCCGUUCUCAUUGCAACAGAUGUGGCUGCACGUGGAUUGGAUAUUCGGAAUGUCCAGCAUGUGAUUCAUUACCAGGUCCCAAAAACUGCUGAGCUUUAUAUUCACCGAUGUGGUCGUACAGCGCGGGCUACUAAAACAGGACUUGCUCUUUUAUUGGUCGAUCCGCAGGACGUUCAGUAUUACCAAAGAAUUUGCAGAAAUUUAAGCAGAGAAAACGAGCUGCCAAUCUUUCCGGUUGAUUCGCCUGAGCUGUACAAUGUUUUGAAGGGGCGAGUUGAAGUUGCAACAGCAGUUGAAAGUGUCGAACAUCGAUUAAAAAAAGUGGGAAAUUAUUGCCUCAUCGUAACUAUGCGUAUCGAAGUCCCUUUCUCCUUCAGUUUUUUCGUGUCGUCGUUUUGUUAA